CGGCGCGUAGCGUGCGGGGCAGGGGGAGGAGACAGCGGGUUCCUCCCCUCGCGGCCAGGCGGGCCGGGCUGGCUGGACUCGGGAGACUAGAGGCGGCUUGUCUGGCCGGGGGCUUCUCGGUCCGCGCCCAGGAUCAGGACUUCCGUGCAUGGUACAAAAUAUUGGUUGGGGAAUAUAUAUUUUUACCUUCUACACAGACAACAUAAGUAUACAAGACUAUGGAAAGUUUUACAGAUGUACCAAGAAUAAAAGAAAGCUCUGAUAUUGGGCAACAACAGGACAGAGUGGUGACUGAAGAGGAAUGGCUGCAGAAAUGGAAAAUGAGACAAAUUGGAUUUCAUAAGGAACAAGGACAUCCGAUUUUAAGGAAGUAUCUGGAUGUUCUUCUUAAUGGCAGGAGUGGACUAAGGAUAUUUUUUCCACUUUGUGGCAAAGCAGUAGAAAUGAAAUGGUUAGCUGACAUGGGACACUAUGUAGUUGGUGUGGAACUCAGCGAAUGUGCACUGAAGGAAUUUUUCACAGAACACGAUCUUUCUUAUUCUGAAGAAACAAUCCCAGGGAUUUCUGGAGCCAAAGUUUUUAAGAGUACCUCUGGGAACAUUUCUCUGUACUGUUGCAGUAUCUAUGAUUUGUCCAGCACAAUUGCUGGCAGGUUUGAUGGGAUUUGGGACAGAGGAUCUCUAGUAGCCAUUAACCCAUGUGAUAGAGAACACUAUGCCAAUUUGAUGUUGUCUCUAAUGAAGAGAAGCUGUUGUUAUCUCUUGGUUACUGUUUUAUAUGAUUCAAAUAAACAUAAAGGUCCACCAUUUUAUGUUCCUGAUUCUGAAAUUAAAAGUUUAUUUGGAAAAGUCUGUGAAAUUAAGUGUCUUGAGAAGGUCGAUGACUUCUCGGACCAGCACAAAGCCUGGGGACUAGAUUAUUUUCUGGAGGUAACAUAUCUGCUUACCUUAAAGUCUUGAUGAAACAAGAGAGACAAAAUUUAUUAGCAAGGCGGGAAGAAUUAUAUUGAUCUCACUUGGAAAUGAGCUGGAUAUUUGGAAAUUCUGAAACACCUCAGGGUAUGAAAACUGGGUUAUGGAACAUCUUUGUCUUUUGAAGACUUUAUGGUUUCAAAGUCAAUUACACUGUACAUCUGAUUUGACUUACAGUAUCUGUAUUUUAAGAUGCAUAGCACUUAACCACAUUGUUUAUAAAGAGUUUCCAUCAUUUUAACUUUGUA